AUGAAAAGACGAACGGUGAGAAAAUGUCAGCGAACAAUUUCUACUGAUAAAGAGCUAUUCGAAAUUGAACGAUUUAAAAAAUGUUCGAAAACUUUUAUCAUCAGGAAUACAUUGGAUUUUAUAGAUUACACGCUUUUUUUUAACCAUAUUUCAGAGAAAUUAAUUUUGAAUUUAAAAGAAUCGUGUGAAAAUACAUCUAUAAAAUUUAAUUUAGUUGUAGAUAGUGUUUACGAAAGAAUUUUAAUGCAAGAAGUACAGGAUAUUGCAUUCAAAACUUCUAAUGUUUUUGCGUGUAAUUCAUCAAAUUUCAAAAAAUUACUAAACAACAUGUUCAAUAAAUUGUUACGAGAAGAGGCAGAUUUUAAACAGAAAGGUUCUGGAUGGUCACUCAAGGUGAUAGAAACAUUGCAGCUGAGAAUCAAUAUAGUGAAUCCUCUGAAAGGAGGAACAUAUAUUGAUUUACCUAGUAUGUUAAAGAUAAAAAAGCGAUUAUCAAUGUGA